AUGAUUAAUCACGCGAGGGCGCUGUAUUCGGGAUUGCUUUUCUUCGUUUCUCUUUCUCUUCUUACCAGUUUUCCUUUUUUUUCUUUUUUUUUGGGGGGGGUUUCUUUACUUUUAUUCUCUCUCUGUCCUUCCUUUUCCCAUCAUUUCUACGCCAUCUCCCUCUUUUCUCUCUCUCUCUCUCUCUCUCUCUCUCUCUCUCUCUAUCUAUCUAUCUAUCUAUCUUUAUUUCUUCGUUCGUCACUUUCUCCGACUCUAUAUUCAUUCGUCAUGCUCUAUUCCUUCAGCUUUAUUUUCCCGCCUUCUUUCUCUUUCUAUCGCACUCUUUCUGUCUCUCGCGCUAUCUCUCUCUUUUCAUCCUUCUCUCUUUUUUUCUCCCUUUCUAUUCCGCUCUUCUCCUCUCUCUCUCUCCCUCUCUCUCUCCCUCUCUCUCUCUCUCUCUUCAUUCCUACCCGUCCCUCUCUAUUUCUUCGUUUCUCAAUAUUUCUUAAACAUUCGCCACUGUUCCGUCCUUACCUAUUUCUCCUCUCUCUCUCUCACUCUCUCUCUCUCUCUCUCUCUCUCAAUCUAUCUUUCUCUCUCUUUCUCUCUUCAUUCUUAACCGUCCCUCUCUAUUUUUCCGUUUGUCUCUAUUUCUUAAUCUCUCUACAUUGGUCCGCUCUUCUCUACUUACCUCUCUCACUCUCUCUCUCCCUCUCUAACUCUCUCUCUCUCUCUCCUCUCUUCAUUCUCCACGUCUCUCUCUAUUUCUUCCUUUCUCUAUAUUUCUUAAUCUCUCUCUAUUGGUCAGCUCUUCCCCUGUCUUUCUCUCUUUUCCUCCCCUCUCUCUUCAUUCAUACCCAUCCCUAUUUCUUCGUUUCUCUGUAUUUCUUAAUCACUCACCAUUGCCCCCUCUCCGUUUCUCUAUGUUUUUUAAUCAUUCUCCAUUGGUCCGCUCUUCUCUACUUCCCCCCCUCUCUCUCUCUCCCUCCCUCUCUUUCUUCAUUCUUACCAUUCCCACUCUGUUUUUCAGUUUCUCUUUAUUUCUUAAUCUCUCUCCAUUGGUCCACUCUUCUGUACUUCCCCUCUCUCUCUCUCUUUCUCUCUCUCCCUCUAUCCCUCUCUAUUCAUUCUUACCCGCCCUUCUCUAUUUCUUCGUUUCUCUAUAUUUCUCUCUCCAUUGGUCCGCUCUUCUUUACUUCCCCCCCUCUCUCUCUCUCUCUCUUCAUUCUUACUGAUCCCUCUCUAUUUCUCUGUUUCUCUAUAUAUUUCUUAAUCUCUCUCCAUUGGACCGCUCUUCUCUACUUCUCCCCCCCUUCUCUCUCUCUCUCUCACUUUCUCUUUCUCUCUGUCUUUCUCUUCAUUCUUCCCUAUUUCUUCGUCCCUUUCUAUUUCUUCUGUUUUUUAAUGUCUCCAUUCAUCUGCACUUCAAUAUUUCUUCUCUCUCUGUCUCUCUCUUUCUUUCUCUUCAUUCUUCUCUAUUUCUCCUCUCUCUUUUUUUUCCUUCCUAUCUAUUUCUACAUCCCUCUCUACGUCUACAUCUCUCUUUCUUUUUCCCUAUCCGCUCUAUUUAUUCAACACUCCUUCUCCGGUUUAAUCUAG